AUGAAUUGGAAUGCAAAACCAGAGAGUGCUACAAUGCCACCACUGUAUCCUAAAAACCAGUCCUCGUUUUUGCACCAGACUUCAGUAAACCCACUUGCCUCACCAUCUCGGAGUUCUUUCAACUAUCCUGGAAGUAACCAAGAAACCUGCAUGUUUUCCAGUAAUUCAAAUCCAGUUUCUCAGCCACUGCUCAGCAUAAAAAAUUAUGCAAUGCCUCAACAAAUGUCUGUUUCUGAUACGCAUAAUGGAACAAGUGUGGCCUCACAAACAUUGGUAGAAAGAAAAAUAUACCCAAAUGUUCCAGGACCCAAACAACUAAACCAUAGUUCGCAGACAUCUUCAGGGGUUGCACAAAAUGCAUGGUUGAAUGCACCAGCAAGGAAUCCUAUGCAUUCUCAUACAGGAUCAAUUGUAUCUAAUCAAAUGGGUUUGGGAGCUAAUACAUCCAAUAUUCCUGUGCUACAGAAUCAAUUUGUAACAUCAAAUACUUAUUCUAUGCAGCUACAAAUUAUUCCUUCUAAUUCUGUAAGAGGUCCUGUAAUUUAUCAAGGACGUAACCCAUCUUUAUCAGAGCGACAAGUUAACUGGCCACAACAGCAUACAUCCAAUGGAUUGCCAUUUCCAGAUUAUAGAUCACUUUCAAAGCAGCACUGUUAUUCACAGCAAAGAUCAUUACGAGGUCCUACGCUUCAGAAACAAAACCCUAUGCUCUCUGCAAUGUUACAUGCUAAAAAUAAUUCACUUUCAAAUUUUGAACAGUUUUUUCAAUCACAGCAGAAUGCACCUCCACAGCAAUAUGCAGUUCCUCAAAUUGAUAACAAACCUCCUACUACUACUUAUGACUGUAAGUAUGCAAGCCAACCGUUGCAAAAUAGUCAGCAUGCUAGUAAACACUCACCUAUGGAAGAUCCUCAGAAUCAAGAAGCACACAUAACUGAUAUUUUGCAGGACAUUUAUAGAGGGCUUCAACAACAGGGGCAAAACCCUAAUAAAGAAGCAACUACGAUUGGAAAUCUUUGUAAUUUGGAAGUAAAUGGAAAUGUAAAUAAGCCUGCUGAUAAACCAGUUAGAUCUCUUGAGGAUGGUGUUCAGACUGUUGCUCAAAGUAGUCAAGAUAAGAGAAUGGAGUGUGGCAGUUCAACAUCAAAUCAAGUACUGGGCACAAAUGUCACAAAAGAAGGAUUAGUGAGUGAUAUUGAAGCAUUGAUAGAAAUGAAAAAGAAGUUUUUUGAACUUGCAAGGAAAAUUAAAAUAAAUAAAAAACUUUUGAUGGCAGCAGGUUGUAGUAAAGUACCUUCUCAUGGUGAAUCAACCCAGAAUUCUGAAUCACCUCUGAAAGAGACUUCCAAAGUCCCUUCAGGGCCACAGCUAACCCAGGUGACCCCAAAGAUUUCAGAGGGUCAACUAACAACUGUAAUGAAAUGUGCAGAAGAAUCAAAUAGAGCGCCCUAUACAUUGAAUUCCAACAUUCAGGAUAUUAAUUGCAAAAAGUUUGACCAAGACAAACCUACUUUACUAAACUCUGACUGUUUGGAAAAGAUACCAGUGAAAGACUCGUUUCAUGACUUGCAAGCUUCUUUAAAGACAUCAGCUGUUGAAAUUACCCAGACAUUAAAUAGUACCCAAUCUCCAUCACAGAAUGUUAGAGGUGACCAAAAUCUGACAACAAAUUCCGAAACAGUUACCGCUCCACAGUUAGUACUUUUUAAGGAGCCUGUUUCACAACCUGCAAAUAAAAAGACUCUACUCAGUUUCUUUAUAUUUAGAGAUAAAAAUAAGGACAAAAUUAUAUUAACUCCUAAACCAGAUAAUUUUGAAGUGAAAGCGAAUACCCAAGCUACAGGUGAACCACCAAAUUUGAAAACCAUGAAAAUUCAGAGUGCGUCUAAUAAACAUAAUUUCUGCCUUGAUCAGAAAUCCUCAACAGAUGGAAUGUCUUCUAAAAGUGACAGUCACUGUUCCAUAGAAUUGCUAACAACAUGUCUGUCUCUGUGGAAAAAACAACCUUCAGAAGAUACAGAAGAAAAACUGUGCAAUGAGUUGAAAACAAACAGAACAACAGUUAACAUUUCAAAUCCUGUAGACAUCUAUGAUAAGAAUCCAUGUGCCGUUGUGGGAAAUUCUCAAGAUAAAAUGUUAAAUAACUCAGAACAAGGAGCAACUUUGCCAGUGGCAAUGCAGAAUUAUGAGCCUUCAGGUACAAAUAUAACAAAGGGAUCAGAACUUCAGAUUGCUAUAGUGUCACCUCUAAUUCUUUCAGAUGUCAAAGCAUUAUCUGUCAAGGGAAUGACAACUGAAGUAUUACCUGAAACAGUGUACCCAGUUAUUAAAGAAGGGAGUGUUUGUAGCUUACAAAAUCAAUUGGCAGAAAAUAAGAGUGUAACUGCUCCUUUGAAAGCUAAUGUUAAUGAACUAGUGGCAAGUCCUACACCAUCAACUAAGAUUUCUCCAGUAAUUCAAAAGGAAAAGCAGGACAAGUCAACUAAUUGUAGUUCAAAAGAUAUACGUAAUGCCUUUCAAGGAAAACAUACCAAAUCAAAAGUGAGUGUUCACUCCUCUUCAAAUGCAGACAUCUCAGUUUGCCCCCGUGUGAGUGGCAAUCAGCAAGUCUCCUAUGAAUCAAGCAAUAGGACUGUUGUGAGUGGUGAUACAUUACAGAUUGCGAGUAUCUGUUCUCUUGUUGAAGGUGAACUAUCUUAUAAUUCCCAAAUAGCAAAGAUAUUCAACUGUUCGUCUCUGGAUAAGAUUGAACCACAGAAAUCUUUACCUGAUCAGCAAGUUAUUAGCUGUAGACAACAGAAAGAACAACUAGAUGAAACUAUAGCAAAUAAAAACUUUGCAUUUCAAAAAGAAAAGAUUGUACAGAUCACAGAUACUAACUCUAAAAUAACUUGUCAGUCAAAGUCUCUGUCAUCUUCAGGAUCACCAUCACUGAAGUCUGCUGAAGCAAAAGGAGAAAGUCUAGAGGAAAAGAAAUUGGAGUGUAUCACUAACCAAGAAAGCAAGACUAGAGAUAUGGAUUGUUUGACUGUUGUUCAACAGGAUAUCCCAGAAACUGAUACACCCAAUAAUUAUACUAAUCAAGAUCCUGCAAACAGUGCAGUUCUCAAUGAUAAGACAUCCAUUAUACCUACAUUAUACCUACAUGAUCAGCUGUCAGAACUUUUAAAAGAGUUUCCCUAUGGCAUUGAACCAGUUAACUCACUCAAAGCUGCUGUGGGCCAGCAAAUAACAGACCAAAUAUCAAAAAAUCCCAGUUGUGAUAAAACUGCUGGUGACUCCAAAGACUCAACAGACGAAAUAAAAAUUACAGUAAUAAGCUCAGAGCAGAUGAAAGAAUUAUUUUCUGAACAGGAUGAUAAACCCAAUGAUGGAGACAAUUUGAUACAACCUCCAAAGGAAAAGCCUUCCACUGAAGUAGGGGGCAAGUGUGAUCCAAAAGCACAUGCAGGAGAGAAUCAUGAUUCUGUGGUAUCAAAUGAUCAGAAAGAUGAUAUCCACUGCUGUGCAUUGGGUUGGCUCUCUUUGAUUUAUGAAGGAGUACCCCAGUGUCAGUGUAAUUCCAUCAAAAACUUGGCUUCAAAAGAAAAUAAGAAAGAUCCGUGUUUCCCACUAGAGACCAACAGUUGUAAACAAGGUGAUAUUGCCUCUGAUAGAGACAUCACUAUUGUUAAAUGUAAUAGUUCUCCAAAUAAGGAUCUGGAAACCUCUGUGACUCUUCCAGAUGGGAAAAAUGUUAAUCAUGAAAUACAACAAGACAAAAGUAUAAAAGAUAAGCCCAAAACAAAACAUAGCAGUUCACUAAAGAAAGGAAAAGAAUCACCUAAUCAGUUUUCAUCUAAGUGUGAUAAAAAACUAGAUCCUCCCCUGCAGAGUCACAAAAGAAAAAGAAAAUUUAAGUUCCAUGAAGUAACUUUCCACUCCAGUAGUAAAAUGAUGAAAUUUUGUGAACAAGAUUCUGAAGAAAGCCUGCACAAGAAACAUACUGCACAAAACUCAUGUCCACUAAAAGCAAAGACGGUAAUUUUGACAAAUAAAGAAAUGUACAAGAAAAAUGUACCAGAGAAGAUAAAAUUGAAAUUCAAAGCGGGAGGCUCCAGGUAUAAACUUUUAGAAAACAGGAAGCCAGACCACGGAAAUACAUUUGCUAUAGAAAGGAAGAAGAAACAUGAUAAGCAGGAACAGAAUAAAAAUGGGGGAAAUUCAUUCCAAUUAUAUAAUUCUUUGGCAGACUCAAGUGAAAGAACCAGUGUUAAGGAAAAGACAGUUUUAAUGAAAUCUUCAAAUUCAAAUGUUAAGUCCUCAGACUCGAAGGAGAGUUCAUGUAAAAUUAAGAGAGUUUUAACACCUAAGGAAUAUUUAGAAAGGCAGAAGCAUAAAGAAGCAGUACAUAAUAAGGCAAAGAAAAGCUGUAUAAUUGAGAAAAUGAAAAAUGUGCCAUGCAAUACUGAAUACAUCAUACCUCGUAAACAUUCCUUGCGAAUAGAGGGUUGUGGGAAAUUAAAUGAAAGAGACAGUAGCAUACAGACUUCUAAAGAAUCAUCAAAUAUUUCAACAAGCCAUGGUAAAACCUUUAAGACCCACCAUUCUGAGGAGUCUAAAAAACAUAAGAGUUCAAAGAAUGUUAAAGAAAAAGGUAGUGGGAAGCAGACUGGUAAAAUAUGGAUGGAUAAAACCAAAAUAGUCAAACAUUUACCCAGUAUAAACAGUGAAGAUGAAGUCAUUCCAAGGGCUCCCCAAGCAAAGGAUCAAAGGAAACAAUACCUGAACAGGGUUGCAUUUAAAUGCAUUGAACAAGAGAGCAUUUCUCUCUCAAAAUUGGACAAUUCCCCCAGAAAGCCUAAUACUGAUAGAGAGAGGACGCAAGAAAAUAAAUCUAAAAGUCUUUUACCUGUGAGAGAUACUAUAGUAAACUCAGCAAUGCUGGAGUUCAAGUUAUGCCCAGAUGUACUAUUUGAGAAUACUAAUGUUGGUGAAGAAGGAAAGAAACUGAAGCCUGUUAAGACAGAACAAGCACCUCUACAAGUUUCAGGAAUGAAAAGUAAAGACGCCUGGCUAAAAUGUGCUAAUAAAGAGCGAAGGAUGCAGGAAGCCAAUCAAAAAAUAGAUAACAAGGAUUUACCGAAAUUGAAACAUCCGAAGAGAAGCAUCAGUGCAGAUGGAAUUGAGACAAUACAAAACACAGGAAAAGAUUCAAAGGAAGUGUUUGCAACCUUCAGAAAAAUGUACAUGGAACAGAAAAGUAGAAGCCUUGGUAAUAGCCCUUUACAAUAA